ACAUGAUGAAUCGGCACAGAGGGAUCCCCUUCCUUGUGUUGGAUGAAAGGUAACCAAGGAUGAACGCAUUGAAGUGUAGAUUUUUGCAUACUCUUCGUGGUGAUGUGCCCACAGAAGCAUUGAAGCGAAGAGCGUUGGAAUUGGAGAAGAAAAGGAAGAUGAGGCAACCCAAGAGCAAGGACCAGUUUAUCGUUACAGUUCCCGAAUCCCUGUCUUACCUCGACACCGCCACCAUUCCCAUGGUCGUCGCCGCCGUCGGAAUCGCUCUACUCGCCAAACUCCUCAUGAUGUAUGAUGAAUCUAAAUCCCAAGAGCUGUUGGAGCGUAAGAUAAAGAAUGCUCCUGAAGGUCAAGGCACCGUUAGAAUGGUAACCCGAGAGGAGUGGGAGAAGUUCCGAGAAAUCAGGCCCAGAACCCCGUUUGAGUCCACUUUUUCGCGCCCUAAUUCCAGAAUAAGAACCGGAGAACCAUUGCGCAUGGAGGAUGUAAAGGAUUGGACAACUGAUGUUCUCAUGGAUGCUCUUCACAGAGUAGAAGACUAUGCUAAGCAUGGUUCUAAGUAAUGUAACUAGUCCUCCUAUUAACCUCAAAUUACCCUUUGCUUUUUAAUUUUAAUGCUUAGUAUGAAAAUUUCCAGUACUAUUUGUUGUCUUGAUCUCAGCGAUGAGAUGGCAUCGAAUAAUUUUGCAACUGUUACCCAUAUCUUCACCAAGGAAAAUUGCUCUUUUUAGGCAAACAUGAAUUACAGAAUGGCUCGUAUUUUGUUGUAUCUUUGGCUGAACAUGUUUUAUGUACCAAAAAUAUACAAGAUAAUUGCGGUGAACGCUCAUCAUAGCAGAAACUUUGAUCCGAAAAGUACCUAAACUUGUAGUUGUAGAUACCGGUCUCAUUCAGAAAUAAUGUAUUACUUGGUUGUUUUUGUA